AUUUGUUAGUACGUUGUAAGCCUUAUUGGAUAAGAUAAAAAUAUUGUGUAAAAGUCAACUCAAGGAAUUUAAAAUUUUUCUUGUAAUUAUUUAAAACUCUAAGGUGCUCUGAAAACAUUCCCUGAGUUUACUAAAACAGAAAACAUACUUAAUCCCAUACAGUAUGGGAAAUACAGAUUCAAAGUUAAAUUUCCGCAAAGCUAUUGUAUUAACGCAAAAAAAUCAAAGAAUUGAUGCUGAUGAUCCGUUUUGGGAACAGUUUUGGACAGGGCAUCAGACUACAUUGGAAGAUGUUUUUGUCUUAGUUACACCCAACGAAAUACGGAACAUACGAAACGAUAAUCCGGCGAAUUUGGCCACACUAUGUUAUAAGGCUGUUGAAAAAUUAGCGGAGGCGGUUGAUAGCAGUUGUAGGACACAAGCCGAGCAGCAAUGUGUCCUGAAUUGUGUGCGACUGCUGAUAAGAAUAAUACCGUACAUAUUUGAGGAUGAAAAAUGGCGGGAUUUUUUCUGGAGUAGUUUGCCAGCCCAAGAUAAGCAAUACUUAAAUAGUAAAGAGCAGCAUCAUCUUUCCGCCGCUGAAAGUGAAGAAGGAAAAGAUGAACGAUCGCAUGGUCAAAAUCAGACCGUACCUUUAGCUCAGUCUCUGCUGAAUGCAUUAUGUGACUUGUUAUUCUGCCCAGAUUUUACUGUGACGGCUGCCAGGCGCGCUGGUCCUGACAAGGCGGAGGAAUUGGCAAAUAUAGAUAGUUGCGAGUAUAUUUGGGAGUCAGGAGUGGGCUUUGCCCAUUCUCCACCCAAAAAUGCGCAUAUGGAGAGACGCAGAACAGAAAUAUUGAAAUUAUUGUUAACUUGUUUUUCGGAGCCCAUGUUUCGUGUGCCGCAGCAGUCGAACGAGCCCAACAAAUGGAUUGCGUACUUUACUUCAGCCGAUAAUCGUCAUGCUUUGCCUUUGUUCACUUCUUUGCUGAACACGGUGUGCGCUUACGAUCCUGUAGGUUUUGGAGUACCUUACAAUCACUUGCUGUUCACUGACACCACGGAGCCUUUAGUUGAAGCAUGCCUGCAAAUUUUGAUUGUUACCCUUGAUCAUGACAUGAUUAUACAACAGCAACAACAACAACUAGAAAUGCAACGUCAAUUAAAGGUGCCCAUAAUUCCAUCACCCUAUGAUGUGGACGGAUGUGGUGAUAAUUUGUUUAUCAAUUAUUUGUCGCGCGUCCAUCGAGAUGAAGAUUUCCAUUUCAUUUUAAAGGGCAUAACCAGGCUUUUAAAUAAUCCUCUAGUUCAGAAUUAUUUACCUAACUCCACGAAACGUUUACAUUGCCACCAGGAGUUGCUCAUACUCUUUUGGAAAAUUUGUGAUUAUAAUAAAAAAUUUUUGUACUUCGUCUUAAAAAGCUCAGACGUUUUGGAUAUUUUGAUACCGAUUCUAUAUCACCUCAAUUAUUCUCGUGCUGAUCAAUCACGUGUGGGGUUAAUGCAUAUUGGUGUUUUCAUAUUACUGUUAUUAUCAGGCGAAAGAAAUUUCGGAGUACGCUUAAAUAAACCUUAUACCGCCACUGUCCCCAUGGAUAUUCCGGUCUUUACCGGCACUCACGCUGAUCUCUUAAUAACGGUUUUUCAUAAAAUUAUUGCAACUGGUCAUCAACGCUUACAGCCCCUCUUCGAUUGCUUGCUUACUAUACUUGUUAAUGUAUCACCUUACUUGAAAACUUUGUCUAUGGUGGCGAGUGUAAAACUCUUGCAUUUAUUGGAAGCAUUUAGUACACCAUGGUUUCUACUCUCUGCCCCAAGCAAUCAUCAUCUAGUUUUCUUUUUAUUAGAGAUAUUUAACAAUAUCAUUCAAUAUCAAUUUGAUGGCAAUUCCAAUUUAGUUUACACUAUCAUAAGAAAGCGUCAUGUAUUUCACGGAAUGGCUAACCUGCCAACUGAUAUGGCUGGUAUAGCUAAAUGUUUAAGUGGACGCAAAGUUGGCAAAUUCAAUUUACCCCCAGUACGUCAAAGGCGUUUAGCAACUAAUGCUAAUACUAACCACUGUGCUAAGCAAAUUUCUAAAUCCGAAGAAGAAGAAGAAGACAUUGAUGAUGACGAAGAUGAAGAAGACGAAGAUGAACUUGAUGUGCCACAUUGUCUGCCUGCAAGCAUAUUAGAAGCCAACGCCGAUACCCUGGAAGACGAUAAUGGAAAAGAAGCGGAAAGCUCUAUAACCGCUUUGCCGGCUGAGCCAGGCACGUUAAAAACAUCCUUGCUGGAAACGCCUGGCAUUAGUCAAAUGACCGAACGUGAACAGGCACAUCCCGUGUGCACUGAUCAAACGCCUACUAUUGAUGGCACCUCCGAUAUAGCACCAUUCGGGAAAAACAACACUGAAAAAAGUUCAUCUAGCAGUCCUAAUGACCAUGAGAUUACUGAGGUGAGUACGCCUAAUAAAAGAAAUCAUCGCCUGGCUGUAUCUCAAAGGGGUAGUAUAAGAAUUGUGCCGCAACCAUCUCCAGAAGUCUGGACGCCUACCCCCGAAUGGAUAGUAUCUUGGCGAUCCAAAUUGCCAUUGCAAACUAUAAUGCGUUUGCUACAAGUCCUGGUACCGCAAGUGGAGAAAAUUUGCAUUGACAAAGGUUUAACUGAUGAGUCGGAAAUAUUGAAAUUUUUGCAACAUGGCACUUUAGUUGGACUUCUGCCUGUGCCGCAUCCAAUAUUAAUAAGAAAAUACCAAGCGAAUUCUGGAACAACCGCUUGGUUUCGUACCUACAUUUGGGGUGUUAUCUAUUUACGAAAUGUUGAACCAGCUGUGUGGUAUGACACAGAAGUAAAACUAUUCGAAAUCCAAAGAGUCUAAAAAAUAUACGAAAAAUUUCCGUCCCUCACUCAAUAUCUCACUCCCUCUAUCUUUACGCAUUCCUUUUUUAGCUUAUAUUUUGGAUGCAAAAUAAUUUUUAUGAAUACAUAAAUAUUUAAUUACUUUAAGACGAAAGUAUUUCUACAAAAGCUUUAUAUUGUAAUAAACAUUUUAGUUGAAAUUUAUGUCGCGCUUUUAAUUUAAAUGCUUACGU